AGAGGGAAAGGAGGCGACCCCCUCCCCGUCCCCUCAAACGGACGAGUCUUGAUCCCCCUGUGCGCGUGCGAGAGCGAGGACAAACCCCUCGGAUUCGGAGCCUUAUCGAACUCGGAUUGGUUCUCGUUGGACCUUUGCUCUCCUGGUUGAAUUUGCUCCCGGGCAUCCCUACCUUGUCGUGGAGUUCUUUUCGUUAAUGAUUUGAAGGGUUUAUUCGGUCGUUUGUUGUUCUUCUGGUGGCGGUGGAGAUGCUGGCGGUGUAGUGGAUGGGGAGUAGUAGGAAGGGUGGAGGUGGCCCACAAGAUGCUAAGGAGGCCGUUGUCGGAAUGCCGAGCUUCGUUUCCUCGCUCACCGUGGCUCACCCAGCAUCCUUUACCUAAUAAAAAGUCAGGCGAUCUCAAUCUUAAAACAAGUGGUCUCUCUGUUGCCUCUGAUCCUCUUCAAUUUGGUGUUUAUGACAGUCUUGUUGCUUCAUCUGGGAUGACUUUGCUAGCAAAAAGAGCUGGGACUUUGGCAGUGACAAUUCAGAAGGCACAUCAACAUACUCUGUUGUCGUCAUCCAGUGCUCACAUUGAGAACUGGGGAGAAUCUACCAUGGCAGAUACUAGUCCUUGGACUGAUACAUCAACCGAUGUCGACACUGAUGAAAAGUACCAGACGUUUGAAGAAAGGCAAGUUGCAGAUGUUGCAGCUUCUGAUUCAAGUGACAAAUCAAAGGAUAAAUCAGAUAUCAAGACACUUCGUAGACUUGCUCAAAACAGGGAAGCUGCCAGAAAAAGCCGGUUAAAGAAGAAAGCAUACAUUCAACAACUAGAGAGUAGCAAUUUGACGCUCAAUAAACUUGAACAAGAGCUUCAGCGAGCUCGCCAACAGGGCAUCUUCAUUUCGAGCUCUGGAGAUCAGUCGCAUUCAAUGGGUGGAAAUGGAGCUCUAGCAUUUGACAUGGAAUAUGCACGUUGGCUGGAAGAGCAAAACCAGCAGGCUAAAGAGCUGAGGGCUGCAGCAAAUUCACAUGCUAGUGAUGAUGUUCUUCGAGUCAUUGUUGAUGAUGUUAUGAAGCAUUAUGAUAAACUUUUUCGUAUCAAGAGUGUGGCAGCCAAGGCAGAUGUUUUUCAUAUCCUCUCGGGAAUGUGGAUGAUGCCUGCAGAGAGGUGUUUUCUGUGGUUGGGGGGCUUCCGGUCAUCUGAGCUCCUGAAGUUACUUGCAAGUCAUUUGGAACCUCUUGCCGAGCAGCAGUUGGUCGGGAUAUGCAACUUGCAGCAAUCCUCGCAGCAGGCGGAGGAUGCUCUUUCGCAAGGGAUGGAAGCGCUACAGCAGUCGCUGUCCGAAACUUUGGUUUCUGGAUCUCUUGGGUCUGCAGGAUCAUCGGGGAACAUUGCGAAUUACAUGGGUCAGAUGGCAAUGGCCAUGGGCAAACUUGGGACCCUCGAAAAUUUUCUAUGCCAGGCUGACAACCUGCGCCAGCAGACACUACAACAACUGCAGCGCAUAUUAACAACUCGCCAGUCUGCUCGUGCACUUCUAGCCAUACAUGACUAUUUCUCGAGGCUCCGUGCAUUGAGCUCUCUGUGGCUUGCUCGGCCACAGGAAUAAACAAGUAUGCUCAACUUGAUCAUAGAAAUAGUGUUUGUCCAAAUAUGAUUCGUCACAUUUCUUCGAGGUUACGAUCUGGUACAUUAGACAUAAGAAACGUCUAACGAUUUCAAAAGUUAUAUUUCCAUGGGAGAUCCUAGCCUCUCGUCUUGUAUUAUGCUUUAGUAACUAAAUAUUUAUUCUGCACGGUUUAAGUUGCACAUUCCCGAGUCUCCUAAUAAUGUCUAUAGAUUAUCCAUGGAUAGGGUCAUGAGAGACCUGCAUCAGCUCUUCAAUAAAAAAAACUUUGCAUUGAUCCA